GUAUCCUUCUACGUACAGUCAACUUCAAAGCUUUUGACUGUUGUUUGGCGGAGUAGAAGGUAGUAGUGUACAAUACCUACGAAUCGAACAUAUAAAUUUUUUGGCUUGUUGCACUAUCAAUGAUGUGCGCAUGCGUAUGAGCGAGACACCAAGCCCCACAAAUCUAUCUAUCUCAAGCUCGCUGUCCGCCAACGUACGUAGCAUGACAGUGCCCAUUCUAGUAUACAUAUAUAGUUCAGUGGUGACAAGGCUCAUAGACGAGAACUAAUCUUUAUAGUGUGUAUGAGAAAGUGACUGUAUUCGAUUCAUGGAAUUGUUAGUAAGUUAAUCUAUAAUCGUCCUGAUUUGUACGAUCUGGAGACUUGCAAAUUGAGGAAAAUCUUAAAACAGCUCGGCUGGUUCUUGUCAAUCUCGCACUCGUGGUCUGACAUGUCAAAUCUACCAGAGUGCAUUAAUUAUGUGCAAGACAGCAGCAGCGAUACAGAGACUGAUUACAAGGAGACUGAUGGAAGAGGAAGACAUCGCAUAUACAAAAAUAGACUAAGUUGUGGUGGCUCGUCGAAGCCGAAAUCUUGUCUGGUACAGAGGGACAGCAGCGGCGAUCGGCAUUGUCAUUCUUUCAAUUCUGGCAGAAAUUCACACGACAUGAGUCUCACAAAUCAAAAUAACAGGAUUCGUUCAAACAUCGGAGUGGCCAAACAAAAUCAAAAUCAAAGCCAAAACAAUAGCAGAGAUAGCAUGAUAUCAGGGGCGUUGACUAUGAGUUCUACUACUGGAAUUAACAAUCAGCCAGCCAGUGAUGAAAGGAUUACUCUCAUUGUCGACAACACCAGAUUCAUUGUUGAUCCAGCUUUGUUUACAGCGCAUCCCAACACUAUGUUGGGUCGCAUGUUUAGCUCGGGGGUGGAAUAUGCCCAGCCCAAUGAACGCGGUGAAUAUGAGGUCGCCGACGGUAUCUCUGCUAUGGUAUUUCGCGCCAUUUUAGAAUAUUAUAAGGGAGGAAUAAUUCGAUGCCCACCGACUGUAAGUGUUCAAGAACUAAGAGAGGCCUGUGACUAUCUGUUGGUGCCUUUUGAUGCUAGCACUGUAAAAUGCCAGAAUCUUAGAGGAUUGCUGCACGAGUUGUCGAAUGAGGGUGCACGCUGUCAAUUUGAAGUAUUUUUGGAGGAUUUAAUUCUACCACUUAUGGUAAACAGUGCACGGCGCGGCGACCGCGAGUGUCACAUCGUUGUCUUACUCGAAGACGAUGUUGUCGAUUGGGAUGAGGAAUAUCCGCCCCAAAUGGGUGAAGAAUACUCUCAAACUGUCAACAGUACGGCGAUGUAUCGUUUUUUCAAGUACAUCGAGAAUCGGGAUGUGGCCAAACAAGUAAUGAAAGAACGCGGCCUGAAAAAAAUUCGUCUAGGUAUUGAAGGUUAUCCGACUUACAAAGAGAAAGUGAAGAAACGUGCUGGUGGUCGCGCCGAAGUCAUCUACAACUAUGUUCAGCGACCUUUUAUUCACAUGUCCUGGGAGAAGGAAGAGGCUAAAAGUCGCCAUGUUGAUUUUCAAUGCGUAAAAUCCAAGUCAGUGACAAAUCUCGCGGAAGCCACUGCUGAUCCAGUUCUGGAUGCUGCUGGAAAUCCUAUGCUUCUUCAGGCUGCUGAAGGAGCAGUCGCUCAAUCGGAAGUGGUCGGGCUUCCUAUGGGUUCGGAUGCUGAUAUGGACGGACCAAUGGGAUCUGGCGAUCAAGAUUUAGGUCCGCUACCACCUGAUGAUCUACCUUGAAGGAUAGAAGUAGAUCACGGUAGAGUUCAAAGAAUCCUGAAAAGAAUUCUAGAAUCAAAUUUUAAGAAGAUCUUAAAGAAAAUUCCAAAAAGCUCUUGAAGACCACCUAAGGAAAACUUUUUUAAUAAGAUUUUGAAAAGAAUCUAGAAGAAAGCGCUUUGCGAAAAAUUAUGAAGACGAUUUUAUAAGUAGUAUGUUUGAAAAGGACUCUGACAAGUACUCUAAGGAAAGUAUUGAGGAUGAUAUUGGCAAGAAAUCCUGAAGAGUAUUUCACUCUACAUUCAACUUUGACAACUUUUUAAUGCAAGAAAAUCAAGCACUGGACUCUGAAAAGUGGGGUAUUUCAGACUCUAGAAAAACUAAAAUGUAUUUAAAUGUAUUUAAUUUCUUAAGAAAUAAAUUUUUUAUUACUCAGAAUAAUA